UCCUCCAGGCCUCUCGUCUUUCCCUGGCUGGGGAGUCUUCUAGAAGGGGGCCCCUCUUGACCACCAUGAAAGGGUUAGGAGCCAAACGCAACCGCCAUCUGUCUGACUCCUGCGACCCCACCCAGGGCCCCCCGGAGCCCCUGUACCCCCACCAGGCCUCCACACUGCCUCGGAGCCCCUACCUUCUCAGCCCCACCAGCAUGGACCACUACGGCACCAUGGACCCGCACCACUACAACCCCUCUGUGGACCACCACUACAAUCAGGGCUCCCUGCCCCCGGACUACUCUCUCCCCCUCAACAACCAGCUGUCCAACAGCAGCACCUUCCCCCGCAUCCAUUACAACGCCCACUACGACCCGUCCGACUUCUCCCCGCCGCAGGGGGACAGCAUCGGGGGCAUUAGCACGGGAACCCUGGGCACCUCCAUGUCCAUGGGCAUGGGAAUGGGCAUAGGGAUGCAUGGCUCGAGUGGCAUGGGGGGCCUGCAGAGCGGUCGGGGGUCCAUGAUCACCAGCGGUUCUGCCACCAUCUCCGGCGGGGCCAAGAUGAACCGGCAGCUGGCGCCUAACUUGCUGGACCAGUUGGACAAGCAGCUGCCUGGGGGGCCCAGAGAUGGCUUCAGCACACUGCAGUUCCACCGGAGCACAUCGGCCGCCCUCUCCGCCGCCUCCAAGCAGCGCACCGACAGCCCCGGGCGCAUCCGUAACCUGGUGUGCUCUGUCCAGAAGCUCUUCGCCAAGUCACAGUCCAUGGAUGGCCACAACCUCAAGGGUGUCAACGGGCGUUCGGGUGCAGGAAGUGGCAGCGGCGGGACCUCAUCCGGGACCGAGGACGGUGGGAAGCGGGACCAGCGAGCCAAGAGCAAAGACCGGGGCGGGUCCAAGUCAGACGGGGGCGGGACGGGCAAGCGGCGGCCGCGCUCCAACAUGUCGGGCUACUGGAGCUCGGACGACCUGGACAGUGCGGACCUCAGCAACUACCGCAACCCCAUAGCCAUGACACUGGGACGACCCACAGCGCAUGCCACCCAGCACGCCACCCACGGUACUGCCUACGAUGCCCAGCAGGGGGCACUACAGCAGCAGCAGGGGCACCAGAGCCGCUACGUGGUCCACAGCGGAUACAACACCAUCAGCUCAUCCAAGAGCAACAACGAGGUCAUAAAGUAUCAACAGGCACUGCCAGGACCCGGGGGCGGAGGUGGGGGCGGAGGAGGAGGUGGAGGUGGGAUCAGCAUGGGGGUGAACAGUAAUGACUUUAUGAAGGGGGGUUCGUGGUCGACACUGACCCUGGGUCAGCCCAGACAGGUGCUGCAYAAGGGCCACUCGGCGACCCUGGACCGGUCCAUGCUCAAGUCRAAGUCGUGCCAGCAGGAGCUGGCCUGCCACUACCUGCAAGUGGGCCGACAGGGGGACUGGAGUAACACGCUGGGUCGCAGCGGUGGAGGAGCCGGAGCCAACGAGAUCCCAUGCAGGCGCAUGCGGAGUGGCAGCUACGUGAAGGCCAUGGGUGACCUGGAGGACAGCGACGACUCAGACGGCAGCAUCAAGCCCUCGCCCAAAAUGGCCGCCCGCCGCCAGAGCUACCUCAGGGCCACCCAGCAGUCUCUGAGCGACCAGCUACCGUCACGCAACUGUCUUCCCUCUCUGAGAGAGCUUUCCACCAACCGUAGCCUGGACAACCUGGACUGUCUGGGGGGUCCGGUGGGGGGCUCCCUGUUCCCCCGCUGGGAUGAUGAGGACUUCAGCCAGGGUGGCGGCUGCAGCACCCUGGGGAGGAGCAGCUGCAUUGACCAGCUACGAGACCUGGAGAUGCUGAGCCAACGCUACGAGGAUAGCUGCCCCGAGUCGUCGUUCCGAGAUUCCCACACACUCUCACGCUCCCAUUCCCAGGCAGUGGAGCCUCCAGAUCUACCCAUGCCCACGUGCUUCCGAUCUCGUAGCCAUAGUUACCUGCGGGCCAUCCAGGCCGGAUGCUCGCAGGAUGACGACACUGCUUCUGUGGACUCGGAUUCGCCGCCGCCAACCGCCACUACUGUUCGUACCUACAGCACCAGCACUGUCUCCACAUGCAUCACCACCUGUAAGAAGCCGGCGCCCCCGCCCGUGCCGCCCCGCACCACCUCCAAGCCCUACAUCUCUGUGACGGUGCAGAGCAGCACUGAGUCGGCCCAGGACACCUACCUGGAUCACCAGUCUGAGCGCGACCGCCGCAGCGAAACCAUCACCAGCCAGUCUAGCCAGGCACACAGCAAUUCCUCCGACAGCCUCGACAGCACGCGCGCCAACAGCCUGGCUCGGGGUGUCCCUCGGCCUAUCCCCAUGCCCGUCGCCACCCACCGGGAACCCCUCGCCGCCACCGUCCACCACGCCACCACCGGGACUGAGACCAAUGACUCCCAGCAUGAACCCCUGAGGACAGGCGCCAACAGAGGGAGCCUGACAGCAGAGGAGCCACGAGCGGACUUCGUGCCCCGGAGAAAGCUCUCCUCCAUAGGGAUACAGGUUGACUGCAUUCAGGAGGAAGUCCAGCGAGAGGAGACACCGCCAUUGGCCAGAUUCCAGUCAAUCGGAAUCCAGGCGGACGACGGCUGGCUCAGUCGCUCCAGUAGCAUGGCCUCCAAGCAGGAGACAGACUCUGACACACAGGACCUUCCCAUCAACUCGCACGCCAACUCCCACGCCAAGCCCGCCGCCGAGAAGAAGAGCAUGGUCAACAGCGCCUGCCAAUCCAUGGUCUCGCCCCCGUGCAGCGGCCAGGUCAGCAAGGGCAAUGGAUCGAAUCCCACCGUUGACACCAGUACGUCGCCACCUCCCCUUCGGCAGAUCCUCAACCUCUCCACCACACGGUCCGACUCCUCCGACUCCUUCUCCGAGAGCAUGGACCCAGCCCUGGACCCCUCAUCCCUGCCCCCUCCAGACCCCUGGCUGGAGAGCGGGAACGGAAAUAGCGGUAGCGGGAACCCUAAUGCGGUGCCCCCUCCAGGCCCUGCCUGCCGGCGGGACGGCCACUGGUUCCUCAAGCUGCUGCAGGCGGAGACGGGCCGCAUGGAGGGCUGGUGCCAGCAGAUGGAGCAAGAGACCAAAGACAACCAGCUCUCAGAGGAGGUGUUGGGGAAGGUCCGCAGUGCAGUGGGCAGUGCUCAGCUCCUCAUGACCAAGAAAUUUGAGCAGUUCAGAGGGCUGUGUGAACAAAACUUGAAUGUGAACGCCAACCCGCGGCCCACAGCCCAGGACCUGGCGGGCUUCUGGGACCUGCUGCAGCUCUCCAUCGAGGACAUCAGCCUCAAAUUCGACGAGCUCUACCAACUCAAGUCCAGCGACUGGCAGUCCCCUGCCGUGGCCCACUCGCCCCCCGAGCGGAAGGAGGACAAGAAAGAGCCCCCUCCUCCAGUGCCAAAGAAGCCCGGUAAGGGGAGGCCGGUGCUGGGCCGCGAGAAGAGCGCCGACUCCGCCUCGUCCACCUCUUCGGCGGAGAAGCAGCGGACGGAGGCCCGCAAGCGCCUACUGGCUGCCAAGAGGGCCGCCUCGGUCCGGCAGAACUCGGCCACGGAGAGCGCCGACAGCAUCGAGAUCUAUGUCCCUGAGGCCCAGACUCGCCUCUAAGAGAGAGAAACUGGGAUGGAGGAAGGGAUGAUGGCAGAGGGAGAGAGGGGGGGUUGGGGUCUUCUCACCACACACAGGGUAGUCUGGUCUUAGUGGCCGCCAGUCUACAGGAGAUGGAGUGAGAAACAAAGAGAGAGAGAGAACUUUUGGGCUGUAGACUAUAUGGGGAAUGCUUGUCUCCUCUCACGAGGCUGCAAUGGAAAAACCUAAACCACAGCCUUUGUUACUAUUUUUAGAACUUUUUUGAGGUUAUUUUAUUAGGAUCCCCAUUAGCUCUUGCGAAAGCAGCAGCUACUCUUCCUGGGGUCCACACAAAACAUGAAACACGUCAUAAUACAGAACAUUAAUAGACAAGAACAGCAUACAUUUAAAACGUCGCACAUAGCCUACAUACCAGUACAUACACACAAAACUCUUGAGUAUUACACAAAUUAUGACAUUUUUUAUUGAUGAUGGUAUUAUUAUUAUCUCCUAAAGAAACUAUAUCAAGACUAUUUUAGAUGUACCUGUAUCUUGGCUAUAAGAGAUCUAAUAUGCGGACAGAGUAAGCGUUUGUGCUUUCCAAUGCCCCUCCCUCUCCCUUGCCUUGGCCAACCCAUAGUUUGCACAACACCACCAUGUGGUCAAACGUACACACACUUAUUCAGAGGAGCGCGCACACACACACACACACACACACGCGCGCGCGCAUCAGACCCACAGCUAUCAAUGUCUUCCUGGUGCUUUUUUGUUUUCAUUGUUUUCUUCUGUUUUGUAUGAGCCUUUGCCUGCAGUUCAAGAUUCGUGAGCAGUUUCGGAAAGCAGGGCACCGAAAACUGAAUUAGGAACUAGAGGAUUGGGGGUAUUUAACGUCAAAUAUCACAACUUCUAUAUAUAAGUGAGAUCUAUUGAAAACAUAAUGUAUGUUUUUGUCCAACCUUUGUUAAGGAUGUAUAUGAAAAAACAAUCGGUACUUUAUAACUGACUCAAACUACACUCACACAUCAAUAUUUACUGGAGUAACGUUUGAAGAUCCUACUUUUCCAUUGAGAUGAUAUUGUUUUCUGCCAUUUUUGGUCUGAGGAUGUAUUCAUCAGCCAGUGUCCACAGUCCCAUGACAAUGGCCACACUUUGCGCUCGCAUGUGUCUCCAUUGGUCUGUGAAUUUACUAAUCGGUCCUUUUUAUAAGGCACCACACAGGGGGGGAAAAAACUGACUGAAACCUGGUGGAAACGCUCCUUUAAUUUUCCAUGGCAAAAUGUUUCGCUACGUUGUUCCCUAAUGAAUACAACKAUGGUGUAGGUAUAUCAGAUCAAUUGAAUAUAAUUCAGGUUUUGUGGAAAACUUGCACGUAGAGGGGUUAGACAGGACCACCAUUGAGAACUGUCCCGCUGGGCAAAAUAUGAUUGAGUUUUGUAUUGUUUCCUUGUUAUUUCAGGAUGCUUUUCACAACGUUAUCAUGUUGCAUCAUUGUGGCUAUUUCAUUGAACAUUUUCAAAAGUCUGCGGGUUUUAUUAAGUAGGUACUUCUAGCAACUCCAGCUUGUUGCGGCAGCAAUAUAAUUCAAAAUGGUUUCUUUCCCAAACUUCUGCCUCAACUUCCCUCUCUACAAUUCACCUUGUUUUUUAUAUUGUAAAUGAGUUUGCACAGAUGCUGGUGUGUUUCCCAUACGGGACCACUACUCAGUUUGCAUGGGAAAGUUGUGGUCAAUUCCACCUCAGAUUCCAGUCACUUCAACCAUAAUUCCAUUUAAAAUCUCUAUAGGAGAGCUAAUGAAACUAAGGCCAAUUCGGACUUGAGGUUAAGCAUCAAAUAACUUUGACUAAUGCCUGCUAAAUGACAGUAUUGUAUUCGACUAUUCUCCACACUGCACACACCCAUGUAAAUGGUCCGUGAUUCACUGCACUGCAUAUUCAGUGCUACUGUAUGGCUUUUCUCACAUCACAGUUCCUGACCAGACGGCCAGACACAACUCGAGGAGACUCGGGAAAGGAUUAGGAGACUAGGAGAGGAAACUGCUUUAGACUAUUUCAGUAGCACUGUGUGAAACCAUGUUGGAAGCUCUCUUACCAC